CUCAUUGUGACUCAGCUGCUUUAUUAGAGCAAACAGAGCAUCAUUUUGCUGGGAGGAUUAUUGUGUUUUUGACCAGGAGGUUUCUUCUUACUUUUUGGAUAUGUAAACAGACAUUAUGAAAAGGACUGAGUAGUUGGGUAGUUGUAUUGUUUAAAUUAUUAGCUUUAUUUUAAAAUAAUUACUGAGUGGCUGUUUUUUUGACUUACAAAUUUAAAGACAAACUGGCUCUUUUCUUUAAUUAUUUUGUUGUUGUUUUUUUACUCACUGCCUAGUUUGCUGACUGAGAAACAGUUUGGCUAUGGUGUUUAUUGUCGGGGUGACUAGCUGACAAACAAACUUGUUAUUUUAUUAACUAAACCCUGGCUGACUGCUUAUGUUAUUUACUGACUGGCUGACUAAGCUACUUGCUGUUUUAUUCCCUGACUAGCUGUCUUAGUCAUAUGCAGGCUUACUAUUUUGCUGACUGGCUGGGAGUGGCAUCAUCAUUGCUCCCCCAGGCUUUGUGAUUGUUUGAAUUUGGAGGAGGUGUGAUGAAGAAGAAGAGAGGCUCCACAUAAAAAAACUCAAAGAAGAAAGAACUAGAAACAAGAAGCAGCAAAGAGAAAAGAGGAGAAAAAUUCGGGAUUAGGGAGCUAAAGGAGGGGAGAUUGUUGAGUAAGGAAGGGUGACAAGAAGAGGCGUGGCAGCGGAGAGAGAAAAAGAUAGAGCGGAGAGAGAGACAAGGGCAGGAGAGUGGAUGCGACCCACACCCUGUGAUGCUGUGCUGGCUGAGAGAAGACGAGAUGUCAGUCCAGGAGCUGCUACAGAGGGUACAGUGUGUCAUCACUCAUGUCGAUGAAAUAAUGCAGCAGGAGAUCAGGCCCCUGCUGGCUUUGGACAUCAUAGAGCAGCUUCAUCGCCAGUUUGCCUUACUCUCAGGAGGCCGAGGAAAAGAUGGCUCCCCCAUCAUCAUCUUCCCAGAGUACUCAGGCUUUAGCGAAGUGCCCGAGGAAGACUUCCUCAAUGUUGUUACUUACUUGACCAGCAUACCCAGCUUGGAUGCUGCCAGUAUUGGCUUCAUUAUCAUUAUUGACCGGCGGAAGGACAAAUGGAGCUCAGUGAAGGCCUCUCUAUCCAGGAUCGCUGGAGCGUUUCCAGGAAAUUUGCAGCUGGUGUUGGUGCUAAGGCCGUCCAGGUUCUUCCAGAGGGCUAUAGCAGACAUUGGGAUCAAGCUACACAAGGAUGACUUUAAAAUGAAGAUUGUGAUGCUGAACUCUCUGUCGGACCUGCAUGGCUAUGUAGAUAAAAGCCAGUUAACCCAUGAGCUAGGCGGAAGCCUGGAGUACUGUCACAGUCAGUGGAUACACCAUCGAACUGCUGUAGAGAACUUUGCCAUGACAGUGAAAACCACAGCACAGAUGUUACAGAAGUUUGGGACAGACCUGGCAGAGACAGAGAUGCCCAAUGACGUCCAGUGCACCAAAGAACUGCUCACAGCACACACUGAAAAACACAACAACCUCAAGGAUGAACUGAAGCUAGCUUUGAAGCAGGGCACCACCUUGUUAGAUUGUAUCAAGGAGCAGGCAGCCAAGUCAGAGAACCACAAACUCAACCCAGAUGAAAUGGAAAACCAAACAACUGUGGAAAGGCUCCUAGCCCAGCUGGAUGAGACAGAGAACGCCUUUGAACAAUUCUGGUGUAAACACCAUCUGAAACUUGAACAGUGUCUGCAGCUACGCCACUUUGAACAGGACUUCAGAGAGGUGAAAGUGUCUCUAGACAGUUUGAUGGACAGUCUAACCAGCCUAUCAGAUACAGGGGAUUCUGUGGCCAGAGUUGAACACCUGCUGAAGGACCUGAAGAAAUUGGAGGAGAAAGCUCUGCCCACACUAGAAAAGGCCCAGCUCCAUGCACUGCACGGUGAACAGCUGAUCCAGAGUAACCACUAUGCUGUGGACUCUAUUCGACCGAAAUGCGUGGAGCUCCGACGGGUCUGUGAUGACUUCAGCAACGAAUCAAAAAAAAAGAAGGAUGUCUUGUCCAAAUCGCUGCAGAUUCACAUUGGCAUUGAUAAGGUAACCCAGUGGUGUGAGUCCGGCAUCUACCUGCUGGCUUUCCAGGCUGUGGAUAAGUGUCAGUCACAGGAAGGGGCAGAAUCAGCACUGAUUGACAUAGAACACUUUCUGGAGUCUGCAGAAGAGAACCAACUGACUGAAUUGAGGCACCUCCACAACCUGUAUGAGGUUGUCCUGUCCGAGGAUAUCAAAGCCAAUGUCCUGAAGGCACUGAAGCGCCUUGAGGACGUUCAGGAGAUGUUUCAGAAGCGACAUGUCAGUCUGAAAAGGCUGUCAGCUAAACAGACAAGGCCCGUCCAGCCCGUUGCCCCCCGGCCUGAGUCCUCUCCCAAACGGCCUUUACUGAAGAACCCACCGAGGAUGACUGGGAGCCAGCAGCCUUUGGCUCGCAGAGCUUCGGAUAAUUCUAAUAGUGGCAAACAGCCAGCAGAAGCUGAUCCCAGCAAGAAGAAGAACAUACGCAAGGCCAAAGGAGGCAUCAAGAUUGAGGUGAUGCAUGAGAAAAGCCAAGGAGGCUCCACCCAUGUUGUUGUGCCCAAUGAGACAGAGGAGAGUCUGUCCAACAGACGCAGACACAUCAUGACUGAGCUAAUUGAAACAGAGAAGCUAUAUGUGGAGGAACUACAAAGCAUCAUGGAGGGUUAUUUUGCAGAGCUGGAUAACUCAGAGCUCAGCCACCUCAUCCCCCUGUCCGUUGGGAACAGAAGGGAUGUGCUGUUUGGCAACCUGCCAGAGAUAUAUGAAUUUCACAACAGGACAUUUCUGAGAGAGCUGGAGAACUGUGCAGAGAAACCAGAGCUGGUGGGAACCUGUUUUCUGAAAAGGAAAGAAGAGCUUCAGGUGUAUGAGAAGUACUGUCAGAAUAAACCCCGCUCUGAAGUCCUCUGGAGACAGUGUGGAGACAGCCUCUUUUUUCAGGAAUGCCAGAAGAAACUGGACCACAAACUGUCUCUGGAUGCCUACCUGCUAAAGCCUGUCCAGAGGAUCACCAAAUACCAACUCAUGCUCAAGGAGAUGUUAAAAUGCAGUAAGGGGGAGGGUACGGCUGAGUUGGAGGAGGCUUUAACCACUAUGCUGGACAUCAUCAAGUCUGUCAAUGAUUCCAUGCACCAGAUAGCCAUUACAGGCUUUGAGGGAAACUUGAGUGAACUCGGGAAGCUGCUGAUGCAGGGAUCCUUUAAUGUGUGGACUGAUCACAAGAAAGGCCACAGCAAGGUGAAGGACUUGGCCAGGUUUAAGCCCAUGCAGCGACACCUGUUCCUGUAUGACAAGAUGAUGCUGUUUUGUAAGAAACGAGAGGAGACCACAGAUGGAAACGAUAAGACCCCCUCCUACAGCUUCAAACACUCUGUCAAGAUGAGUGCUGUGGGGAUCACAGAGAACGUCAAAGGGGACAUCAAAAAGUUUGAGGUGUGGUAUAAUGGCAGAGAGGAGGUUUACAUCAUUCAGGCUCCUUCCAUGGAUGUGAAAAAUAUGUGGGUGUCAGAGAUUCGUAAAGUACUUACAGGCCAGCUAGAGGCAUGCAGAGAAGCCAGCCAGCUCAACAUUUAUGGGGUCCCCAUGAGGAAUGUGCGUAAGAUGGUGCUGAGACAAUCCGAUUCAUCGAGUCCAGAGUCAGGCUUCAGGAGAACCAACCCUAGCCCUAAUAUGAGGCAGAAGAGAGUUGAGGCUUCUGCCAGUAUAUCAGGCCACUCAGCUGCUUAUGCUAGGAAACGCUUCACAUUGGAGGGACUUUCCAACAGGAGGUCGCUUCCAGCAGAGCCUGCUGUUAAGGAGGCAGUGGUCCCCCGCCGCUUCUCUCUUGCCUCCUCUUCCUCCUUCGCCACACGACGCACAAAAGGUACACUGUCUGCUAGUGUAAAGAGCAAGAGACAUGAGAUAAAGAGUGAUCCCACUCCAUUUGGUUAUGAAGAUACUUUUCAUGGUGCUUUGACUGCAGUCAGGAAACGUCAGAGCAUGACUAGCAGCACAGCAACUGCUGCUGGUGGUACCCCAGCUGUCCCUAGAUCCACCUCCCAACCAGUCUGGGCCCAGCAGCGACUCCCAUCCAUGGACACAGACGACUUUGAGCCGAUCCCCUCCAGUGCAGAAGAAUCCUCCAACUCUUCAGAAGAGGAAGGCAACAAUAAAAAUGUAGGUAAUAGUGGUCAUUUCCAGGUGCAGCUUACCUAUGAGUCCCGUGAAGCGCGAGACCUCUCUAAGACGGGUGACCUGGUCCAGUUUCUGAAGGAAGCACAGAGUGGACAAUGAUAUCUUCAGCGAUCUGUGUACAGCAGCACAGGGGGGGAAAAGAAGCAAGUACCUGAGGAGAUUUGUCUCAGGACAGUUCAUUUCCUUGGACUACACUAUGCUUUGUUGGAUCAUGUCCAUGGUUUUUUUAGCUGUAAUUUCCUAAACUGGUCUUUAUAUAUCAACAGCUAUUAAUUUUCUACAUGUAGGUCUUCAUUAUGGACUACAUACCCGGCCUUCAUGUUCUUUUUUAGCUGUAGUUUUACACGUUUGACACAUUGAAUCUUCUUCAGUGAAGCCUCUGGAAAAAGAUGGAACAUUAACAUGCCUGCAUAGAACAGUGGGAAAGCCAUGAAGGACAUUUUAUUUAAGGAAGGACCAGCUGUCUUCUGUAGAGAACUGAAGAUUGUGUGGAUGUGACACAUCCAAAAUUGGAUGUAAACAAUU